CACCCGUCCACUGAGUCCCUCGGCCCGGGUGUACGUGCGUACGGCCUGCUCCCCUCCGGAGUGUGACUGACUGAGAAAACCGAAAAGGGCUCUCCUGAGGAGGGAUCGAGGGGCAUGAAGUCGAGCGCAGCCAUCGCUGUUCACCCGUGAGGAAGCUCUGCCGGGAGCCGAGUCAUACGGCUGCUGCCUGCCCUGCCCGGCCGCUGUCACCAAGGCAGCCAUUUUGUGCCUCCCCUUCCCUCCCUCCGCUUGCCGCCCCCGCCUCCUCCACCGCCGCGGGACCCCGCCUUGUGCGUGUAGUACUGAGGGGUCUCGGAGGGCCCAAGGCGGCGGCGGCGGCGCCUGCUGAGGCAGAGCCAGGCGAGGAAGUGGCGCGCGGCGCGGGGGGGCCCCCAUGGCGAAGAAAACCUACGACCUGCUCUUCAAGCUGCUGCUGAUCGGCGACUCGGGCGUUGGCAAGACUUGCGUGCUUUUCCGGUUCUCCGAUGAUGCCUUUAACACCACCUUCAUCUCCACUAUCGGGAUAGAUUUCAAGAUCAAAACAGUUGAAUUGCAAGGAAAGAAGAUAAAGCUACAGAUAUGGGACACAGCAGGACAAGAGCGAUUCCAUACCAUCACCACCUCGUACUACAGAGGUGCCAUGGGAAUCAUGCUAGUGUAUGAUAUCACCAAUGCCAAAAGCUUUGAAAACAUCAGCAAAUGGCUCAGAAACAUAGAUGAGCAUGCUAAUGAAGAUGUGGAGCGAAUGCUUUUAGGAAACAAGUGUGAUAUGGAUGACAAGAGGGUGGUACCCAAAGCAAAAGGUGAACAGAUUGCAAGGGAGCAUGGUAUUAGGUUUUUCGAAACUAGUGCAAAAGCAAAUAUAAACAUUGAGAAGGCAUUCCUCACGUUAGCAGAAGACAUUCUUCGAAAGACCCCUGUAAAAGAGCCCAACAGUGAAAAUGUAGAUAUCAGCAGUGGAGGUGGUGUGACAGGCUGGAAGACCAAGUGCUGCUGAAUGUGCUUCCCUCGCCAAGCACCACCCAUCACCCCUCCUCUUCUUGCUGCGGAAUAAACCACUUUGCCCAUUUUUAACCUUAAAUAUUUUUGUUCCUCAUCUUAACAUGGCUCCACCUUUCCUUUGUUCUUCUGUUAGGGAGAGCUCACUGACUAUAAUUUUCUUGAAACAAACUGUAUUAAAAUCAUGUCUGACGUUAUUUUUAAUGUACCAGCUGAACUCAAUGCCACACUCUGGUUGUAUUAUAGCCCAGUCUUAACAUUAAAAUGUAGAGCGACCAUUUCAGCUCCAGUCUGCAAAUUGUACAAGAAUAAAACUUAGCAUUAACAGUUUAUUUUGUACAACGGUGGGGUUUUAUUAUGAAUACUGUGCUUAAGUCACCAUAUUUGCAUCAGCAAAAAACUCAUUCGCCUUGAGUAUGUAAAUGGGGUUUAUUUUGUCCUGUGCCUUAUGUGGAAAGGAACUUUAGUUCUUCCCCUCCCCUCUUUUUUUUCUGUUCUGGUGGAAGCAAGACAGAAGAUCAAAUUCUCCUGUGGUGACUUUACUGUGAUCGAUGUAGUGGAUUGAGGACAAAGGGGUUAGAGCAAGCUAUUCCAACCUGCUUGGUGUCUCCUUUCCUGGGGGUUUAAAUGCUGACCAGUUCCUGCUGCCAUUUUUUUUUUCUAUUUAGCAAUCCCCCCCCCUUUUCUUUUGCCUGCAUGCCGGUUUUAUUUUUUUAUAUAGCGUGAUGUGUUAAGAGAUGGCAAUACAGUAUGUUUGCCAAAUUUAAUUCGAAGUACAGAUCACAAAUCUAGCUUUCUGAGGUAAAACGUGAAGUAUCUACUAACCUUUGUCUAGCAGCUGUCAGGCCAACUAUUUCUCCCUUCUUUCCUGCAUAGUUGUUGGGGUUUAUGAUAUGGAAGAGUUAAUUGCAUGCGCUAGUUUUCUAUGGAGGAUGAUGUGGCUGUCUUCAAUCUUUGUGUAUGACUAUACCAUGUGGUUCCCAAAUCUACAGCCAUUCAUAAAGAAUUUGGUGUUCUUUGCUGCUCCAGGCAGGUGACUCAGUAGCCUAGUCAAUAUUUAAAAUGGGGGUGGGAGGGAAGAAAGAGGGCAAGUGAGUUUGAAUCACACCCCUAGAAUGUUUUCCUUCUGUGUUAAGUUCUUCACAAUAAAAAUCCCUUGUUUACAACCCUGGGCAAUUGUAACUUCUUUCAACUGAUACGGAAGAAUAUUAAGCAAAAUACCACUUUAAAAUUUCUACUGAAGGAAGCAGAUGUGCUCUGCUUUUGGGGGCCCCAUGGGAAUGGGACUUGCUUUUCUGGUUUCCUGAUUUGCCUCUCAUUCUAGAUCUGCUAGAAAUGUCACUUUGACACCUGUAUUGAAAUAACAGAGGGGUGUUGUUCAGUUCUGAAAGUACUGGGGUCAGGGGGUCAAGGGCUCAUAUCUUUUGAGGCUCCUGUUGAAUUUGGGUGCCUUGCUGGGACAUUCUUUUUACCACUUGGCCUGUCUAUAAAAUGGUUUCCUGGGAAACUCCUCUUCCUCCCCCCCAGACCCCCCAUGUACUCUCAGAGAUGGGCUUGAGGCUGAACUUUUUUGCACUUGUUUUUAGAAAAUUUCUUCUACUAAUUAAAUCAGCCGAUGAGGCUGACUAAUUUUAAUAAAAUGAAAGUGUUUGGAACUCUAGCCUUGAUCUGGUUUCACAGUAAUUGUCCUAUCUCCUUUCCCUUGUGCUUGGGAAUCUGACUCCUGUCAUGUUCGUUGAUCUAUCCCAGGUGAGUGGCUGUUAAAGUAAAAGGCAGAAACCAGGGACGAGGGGACAAAUCAAUGCAGUUCCGUUCCUCACAUAUUGAUGUAUGGAUUAGUGAUGUAAAUAGAAAUGGUUACCUUUUUCAGAUCUGCACUUUCUAACAUUAUCAAAAAAGGGAAUAUGGAGUAUGCAUAAUUUUUUUGUAUAAUCUUUGUUUAAAAUGUGUGCUUUUUAUUUGCUUCCUUGGGCUUGGCCCUCCUGUAUGAGUCUCUUUAAGAACCUUUGUAAAAGCUGUGUUCAUUAAGCACCAAGUAGAUAAACAAAACAGUCCACUCUCUGGUACUACUAGAUGAAAAAUCAUACUCUACUUAACAAGUUAAAUAAACUGAAAUAUUUCUA